AUGGGCUACUUAAACCGUAGAUCGACAGAGAACGACCCCAGCCAUACACCUUUGUCUAGUAUGUAUGAGUAUAACUCCAGUAAGGAUGAUGAGCUGUUGAUGAAUCUGGGCUACAACCCCGAGCUCAAGCGGAACUUCUCACCGCUGCAGGUGUUCGGUAUCGCCUUCUCUAUCAUGUCAUUAGUGCCUUCCAUUGCCUCAGUGUUUGUCGACAGUAUCUCUGCGGGUGGUGCUGGCAUGACUUGGGGGUGGCUAGUUCCGUCCCUCUUUAUCAUGUCAGUCGGAGUGUCACUUUCUGAGUUCGGAUCCUCCAUGCCUACAUCGGGCGGUCUCUACUGGUGGUCAUUCAAAUUCGCACCCAAGAAACUUGCAAAGCCUGCAUGUUGGUUGAGUGGUUACGCCAACACUCUUGGUUUAGUUGGUGGCAUUGUUAGUAUUGACAGUGGCUUUGCUGGCAUGAUUUUGUCUGUGCCUGCCAUGGCAUCGGAUGGUAACUUUGUACCUACAAAGUACAUGAACUAUGGCGUAUUCGCAGCAUGUGUCAUUGCUCAGCUUGCAAUUGCUUCAACAUCAAAUCGUUUCUUGUCCCGGUUACAAACAGUGUGUAUCGUGCUGAACAUGAUUCUCAUCUUCCUUAUUUGCAUCGCCUUGCCUGUUGGUAUCAAGAGCCACGGCAAAGACCUUAACUCGGCUAGCUUUGUUUUUGGAGAUACCACGAAUCAGUACGGCUGGAGCUAUGGGUGGGCGUUCCUGCUUUCAUGGAUGGCUCCUAUCUGGACCAUCGGUGCGUUCGACUCUUGUAUCCACAUGAGUGAAGAGGCUUCCAACGCUGCAACUGCUGUUCCACUCGGAAUCUGCAUGUCUAUCGGUAUGUGCGCCGUUUUGGGAUGGGUCAUUCAGGCCAUUCUCGCUGCUUGUCUGCUUGACGUUGAGGGUGUUGUGAACACCUCGACUGGUCAGCCUAUGGCCCAGCUCAUCAUGGAUAGUCUGGACAAACGUUGGGCUAUCGCCAUUAUGUGUGUUAUGUUUGUCGUUCAGUUCUUGAUGGGCCUUUCUAUUUUGGUUGCUGCUUCGCGUCAAACUUGGGCUUUCUCCCGCGAUGGUGCCCUUCCUUUCUCUGGCUGGGUCCGCAAGAUCAAUCUCAAGCAUGGUGUCCCCAUCAAUGCCUUGAUUUUUGACACCAUUUUGUCGCUUGCAAUUGGUUGCUUGACCCUUAUCGAUCCGACUGCUGCGUUGGCUGUGUUCUCACUUGCCGUAUCUUCUAACGGAUUGGCUUGGAUGAUGCCUAUUCUAAUGCGGGUGAUCAAUUUCGAUGCGGCCUCUUUCGUACCAGGACCUUUCUAUCUUGGCCAUCGCAUUUCAAGAAUCAACAAUGUGAUCUCUUGUGUCUAUCUAACCUUCGUUGUUUUCGUUCUUUCCCAAAUGCCCACUACCAAAAACCCCACAGCCCAGGAAAUGAACUAUACCUGCAUCAUUAAUCCGACCAUCUGGAUUGGUGCCAUGCUCUACUACUUCAUCAGUGCACAUAAAUGGUUCACGGGACCUAAGCUGACUAUUGGUACUGUCGAGGGUGUCGAUCCAGUUGUCUCAGAGAAGCUGGCUGGUUCAAAAGUCACCAUGGAUAAAUCCGGCGUACGGAAUGAAAAAGAGCCAAUUGUCGAGGAAGAAUCUGGAUCUUCGCUGGAGUCUGAGAUCUAA